AUGAUUACAGGCUCAUCGUCAGUAGCAAGUUCUAUUACCUCGGAAUCAACUAUCAAGACGAUUUCUUCUUCUUCCACAAGCUUUUCUGGUAUGGACUACCAAACAAAAAGACCCCAUCAUCAAGAAACACCGACACAUCAAUAUAACUUUGAACAGCCACCACAGCACCAGCACCAGCACCAGCACCAGCACCAGCAGCAGCGACCAUCACCACCACAGCAACAGCAGCAGCGACAACCACCACCACCACCACCACAGCAACAACAACAACAACACGUGCUUCAGUCAUUGCAAAAUCACUCCAAUACCAAUAGAAACCACACCCCUUAUAAGAAGUCUACUACACCAGAUUCGCCAUCCAUACAUGAUCUUAUACUAGAUGACGAUAAUGCGUCAUUGGACAUUUUCAAAAUGUACCAGCACAAAAGCUAUCUACCUCAUAAUCAGAGGAUUUCAAAUAUUGCAUGGAGAAUACAAAAUAGAAAAAUUUUGACUGGUAAUAAUACAGCACCUAUACUGGGAAAAAUUUCAAAACCAACAUCGAUGGCUAAAUCAGUUUCUAAUCCAGAUAGAUUGAUGAGUAAGCAACAACAAAAACUGCAACUACAGCAAUUACAGCAACCUCAACAACAAGAACCAAUGAAAACAACCGCCAAUGGUCUUGACAAUGCAUUAAAUUCAACGAAAAUUGUUCCUGGCUCGAAUAAUCCAAAUUUAGACGAAUUUGAUUAUGUAGCACAUAUAAGAAGGAUCAGUCAAGAAGAGUAUAAACUGACCAAUAUUAAUGGUAGGGAUAUAUCUCAGGAUAAUGAAAGUUUCCUUUCCUCAUAUAUAAGUUCGUUGAAUUCCAAGAAUCCCUCAAACUCGUCACUGUCAACAAUUUACAAUCCUCCAUCAGAUAAUACUGUGAUGUCUUCAUCAUUCCCAACAACAAAAACAUCUUUAAUGCAUAGACAGUCCAGUAUAAUUACUGAACAUAACAAUGACGAUACGACUACUACCACUACUAAUAAUAAUAAUAAUAACAGAAAAUUUGCAGGUACCACUAUCGCCAACAAUACCACCACCACCACCACAUCCGCACCAAAAAAGGUUUUACAAUGUACAAAUUGCCAAACCAGAACAACUCCACUAUGGAGAAAAUCUAACACGGGGCUAUUACUAUGUAAUGCGUGUGGAUUGUUCUUCAAAUUGCAUGGUGUUUUAAGACCCUUGAAUAAUAAAACUGCUAGAACUGGAACCGCCAAUGUUGACUUUUUGAAGAAGAAAGUUGGAAUAACUGCAACAAGUAGUAAUGAUGAGAAGAUUGGAUAUAACAAUAUCAAUUUAUUUAAUGAAUUGAAUGUGAAACCAGAGCAGCAACAAGAAAAACAACAAGACCGACCUCAACAGAAACAAAAACAACAACAACAACAACAACAGACGCAGCAACCACUGCAACAGUUUGCACCUAAUCAAAACCUUAUUCCUCUCCAUCGACAACAACCACAAGAGUCACAAGCACCAGAUGAAAUAGAUAGAUUGUUAAACAUGAAUUUAUUCCAAUCGGAUUUUACUACUAAUACCACUCUUAAUCAGGAUUUAAUUUUCCAUGAUUUUGCCCAUCACGCUAAUAAGACAGAAGGAGAGCAAUUUGUAGAUAAUAGAUAUGGCAAAAUAAUGCAACAACUGCUGCUACAGCAACAGCAACAAAAACAAGAGCUGCAGCAGCAACAACAGCAAGGCCAACAUUUGCACCAAUACCAACAUCAUGAUGAGUUGAAUUUAUUAGAUCCCAAUGGGAUACCGCCAACUGAUAAUGUGAAUAAUUUAAAUUGGCUUCAAUUUUUAAGCUAG